GCAGGCACCGGGCCAUCUGGCUCGACAGCGGGCAUCGGGUCACCAGGUACAACAGCGGGCACCGGGUCAUUAGACAUUGGAUCGUCUUGCUCGACCGCGGGCAGCAGGUCAUCUGGCUCAACAGUGGGCAUCGGGUCACUAGGCAUGACAGCGGGCAUCGGGUCACCAGGCAUUACAUCAUCUGGCAAGACCGCGGGCACCGAGUCAUCUGGCAAGACCGCGGGCCCCGAGUCACCAGGCACAACAGCGGGCUCUGAGUCAACCGGC